CGUCAGAAAAUAUUCGAUCGAUUUCGGGCAGCAAGUUUUUGUUCCCGUCUCUAGUUGGCCGUCUGGGAAAAUUAUUCAACAUCCUGCAUAGUUUUCAGCCACCAAUAAUAAUGGCAUCGUUGUUGAAGCUAACAAACAGCUACCGGCUGACUGCUGGCCGCGGAAUGCAGCUAGUUCAGCGGCUGAAAUCUUCGAACGCUGCUGAUUUUCGCGCAGCAUUGGUAAAUGUUCCGCCAACCGAGGUGACCCAGCUGGAUAGUGGGCUGCGUGUGGCCAGCGAAGACUCUGGUUCUCAGACCGCAACGGUUGGAUUGUGGAUCGAUGCCGGAUCACGGUACGAGGAUAGCCGCAACAACGGUGUCGCUCACUUCCUGGAGCAUAUGGCCUUCAAGGGUACCGCCAAGCGUUCCCAGACCGACCUUGAGCUGGAGGUUGAGAACAUGGGAGCUCAUUUGAAUGCAUACACAUCCCGCGAACAGACCGUCUUCUAUGCCAAGUGUCUGUCGAAAGACGUUCCUAAAGCUGUUGAAAUUCUGUCCGAUAUCAUUCAAAACUCGAAGCUCGGAGAAUCGGAGAUUGAACGCGAACGGGGAGUGAUUCUGCGUGAAAUGCAGGAAGUCGAAAGCAACCUUCAGGAGGUUGUUUUCGAUCAUCUGCACGCAACCGCCUACCAGGGAACCCCGCUGGGUAAUACCAUAUUGGGACCGACUAAAAACAUUCAAUCGAUUGGGAAAUCCGAUUUGCAAGCUUACAUCGAUUCCCAUUACAAGGCCCCCCGAAUUGUGCUGGCCGCUGCCGGAGGGGUUAAGCACAAUGAGCUCGUUAAGUUGGCUCAAUCCAGCUUGGGCAAGGUGGGUAGUACUUUCGAUGGGAAGGUCCCGGACCUGUCGCCAUGUCGCUUCACUGGUUCCGAGGUGCGCGUUCGUGACGAUUCGCUGCCUUUGGCUCACGUUGCCGUCGCCGUCGAGGGCUGUGGGUGGACGAACCAGGAUAAUGUCCCCCUGAUGGUGGCCAACACGCUGAUUGGUGCCUGGGAUCGUUCACAGGGUGGUGGUGCAAACAACGCCUCGAAGUUGGCUGCAGCAUCGGCUCAGGAUAAUCUCUGCCACAGUUUUCAGUCGUUUAAUACCUGCUACAAAGACACCGGUCUGUGGGGAAUCUAUUUCGUGUGUGACCCGCUGAAGUGCGAGGACAUGAUGUUCAAUCUGCAGGGCGAAUGGAUGCGUUUGUGCACGAUGGUCACCGAGAGUGAGGUCGAGCGCGCUAAGAAUCUGCUCAAAACCAACAUGCUGCUGCAGCUGGAUGGCACCACUCCCAUAUGCGAAGACAUUGGCCGCCAGAUGCUGUGCUAUAACCGCCGUAUUCCGCUGCAUGAGCUAGAGAAGAGAAUCGAUAGCGUCAGCGCUCAGAACGUUCGCGACGUUGCGAUGAAAUACAUCUUCGAUCGUUGCCCGGCGGUGGCCGCCGUUGGACCAGUCGAGAAUCUGCCCGAUUACAUGCGAAUCCGUGCUUCGAUGUAUUGGCUUCGGGUGUAAGUGAGAAACCAGGCUAGUUUUUAGUGAAGAGAAGGAGCUUAAUCGGUAUGAACACAAGCCAAUAAAAAGGGGCGAAAAUUA